CUGGGCUGGGGCACCGGGGAAGGGGGGGGGGCUGUUUAUAUAAGGAUCCCUCACCUGGUGCUGAGAUGCAGCUGGCUCUGGGGCAUGGGACUGUUUAUAUCUAAUCAACAGUAACGAAAUGCCACGUCAAGGUGGCUGAAGCCGCUAUUUGUGGCUGCAGUGUCUUGGGGGAGUGUGAGCAUGGCCAGUGUGUAUGUUCGUAGUGUUUGCUAUGGGGCAGGGCAGGUGGCCGGCUCCCCCUAUACUGGCUGCUCUCCCCUGAGAAGGUGCCAUGGUGAAGGACCAGAGUGGCAGGGGCUGGCUGCCUUGCUGGCCUGUUAAGAAUGAGGGGACAGGGCUGCCAGCAACACUGAUAGUUGCUGGGAUCAGCAACCAAAUACCUUGCUGCUCAACUCCGCCCCACACACAGGUGCUGCUGUUGGAGCCAGUGGUUAGAGCUGAGAGCCAGGACUCCUUGGUUCUACACUCAGCUCUGGGAGGAGAGUGAGUCUAGUGGUUAGAGCAGCAGGCUGGGAGCCAGGAGGUCUAGCCCCAGCACUGCCACUGACUUCAUGUGCCCCUGGGUAAGUCCCUCUCGCUCAGUGCCUCAGUUUCCCUGUGUGGGACAGGACUGGGCUGACCCAGUUUCAGGGUCCACAACAGGUACGAGAGCCAGCACAGUUAGAAUGCUCCCAUCACCCUGCCUUCCCAGCUGUGCUCCUCAGAUAACACCCUACAGGCACCUCCUCCACUGAGGGCGUUCUGUGCUAGAGGGGUCCUGGUGGGACUGGUGCAAGGGCCAGGAGUGAAGUACAGGGGAAUACAGGGGUGCUGGCUCCAUUCCUGAGGGCAGCAAAAUGGGAAGUGCGUUCAGCCUGUAGGGGGCAGAGGGGAGCACAGUCCCCAUCCCCUGCCCACAGCACUAACCACAGGGGCAUUUCGAGUGACCCAUUCUGUAGGCCCAGCAUUAGCCCCAGGAUGGUGUGUGCACGUCCAGAGGCCACGGCCUGUCCUUGGUCCCCCAUGGCCCAAUUGUCCAUAGCCAGGUCCCCUCUGACCUGUCCUCGAUCCCUGUGGGCUCAGCAUUAGCCCCGGGAUGGUGCAUCCCAAGUCUGCAGCCUGGUCUCUCGUGGCCCAUCCUGCCCCAGGCAAGUGUGACUCACCACGGCUGUCCUUUCCCCACAGGUGCUGCCAGCUGGCCACCCCCUGUGACCACGCUCCCCCCGCUCCAUGGUACUACCGCCCCCUGCCAGCAAGCCACAUGCCUGCAUGUCAGCGGUGGUGAUCGUCUCCACCAUGGCAGCGGUGGACGUGUACCUGAUGGAGCUGAGCGCUGGAGUGCAGCGGGCCAGCGUGCUGGCCCUGACCCUGGCAGGUGAUCUAUGCUUCCUCUUGGUGCUGCGUUAUGUGGGGGCAUAGGCGGAUGCCGAGCGGUCCCCGCGGCAUGGCUACACCAUGGCACUCUGGUUCCUCUGUGUCUUCACCCUGGAGAUCAAGCUAUACUUCAUCUACCAGGGGUACCGGGCCGACUGGCGCGCCCCUGAUCCGCUGGCCCGCCGUACCCUGACCCUGCUGCUCUCCAUCUGCAUCCCCUCCCUUUACGUGAUCCUGGUGGCCACUGAGUACCUGCAGCAUGUGGCCACCUUCCGGCGCAAGGAGGUCCUGCAUGGUCGGCUCCUCUGGGUGGUGGUGGACCUGCUGGAGAUGCAGGCCAGCCUGUGGGAGCCUCAGUGGCAGAGGCUGCCACUGUGGGCUGAGGGCCUGACUUUCUUCUACUGCUACAUCCUGCUGUUGGUGGUGCCUUGCAUGGCACUGGGCGGCAUGGACCUGCCUGCCCCACCCCGCCUCCCACUUUACCUGCUUCUCAGCCUGCUGGCCGUCAACAUGGCCACAUUGGCCAUCCGGGCUGCUGACCUGCUUCUCUACCGCGACCAGCGGGUCUCUGCCAUCUUCAUGGCCAAGAACCUACUGGCCAUCGCGCUCAAGGGGUCCACGGCCCUGCAGUACUACAGAGCCGGGGCUGCCGGGCUGGGGGAGCUUCCCCCUGGGGACAUGCCAUGUCAUGCGCCCCGGCGUGGGGGCACGGACAGCACCUCUGGGCCCCGGUUCACCCUCCGGGAGUUCUGAGUGCGCAGGGACACUGCAACACCCACACCCUGAGCUGGAGGGACACUGGCUGUGAGCAGGGGGCCAGAUCCCCAGCUGGUAUCUUCCAGCAAAGCUGCCCUGAUAUAAACCAGCUCCCAGGCUCCUUCACAUGCAGAGAGGGGCUGAGAUCACAAAGCACUAUUCACUAAGGGACAGGACUAGCACAGAAAGGGGCUGAGGAACACCAGGCAUAGCAGGGGGUUCUGGGUCGGGAGUGAGGGGCACUGGCAGAGCUGGGGUGGGAGGCAGGAUCUAUCACUGCCUUUUGGGCUCCACCCCUCACUGCAGCACAUUGAUGACCACUGUGUACACUUAUCACCCCUGUGUUGAGCUAGACUGAGACACAUGGGCCCACACCCAGCCAGGCCCAUAGUAAGGGACUGGAGUGUGGCGAGCCCAGGCUGGAGCACCGGAAGGGCCCAAUGGGUGGUGCCAGCUCUGGCCCUGGCAUUCAGAGAGGUAGGGGGCACAUGCCCGGGCCUCGAUGCUCCAUGCAGGACAGAGACGAAAUAAAGAAGAGCUAACACAGACCAGAUCUUGGAUCCCAGUGUGCACGGAGUCCUGUGGCUGGUGCACCACGGCCUUCAUUCUCCACCUGGUGCCCUCACGGAAGCGCCAGCCCCUGCCCUUGGCGAAGGCCGGGCUGGGGAGGGAUGGAGCCCUGAGUACCCCUUCUAUCAGCCGGCGGGAGCCAGGAUCCUGGGUUCUGUCCCAGCUCAGUCAGUCACUGACUCAGUGUGUGACCUCAGAGAAAUGUUUUGUCCCUCUCCGGGCCCUCAGUUUCCCCAUCAUAGAGUUCAGGGCAUUCCCAUCCCAGUGGCAGGUGGUUAGUGAGUGACUACAGAAAACGUGCUGUGAAAUCCCCUACAAGGGGCUGUGGCCUCCUCUCAUCACUGGGGAGAGGCUCACGCAUUGGCUCCUUUAGAGCCAGGCCUACCCUAGCAGCUCCUGGCUCUGUGCUUGGGCUACCCAGUCCCCUCCAGCUUGAGAGAAGGGGCUUUAACACGGACCCUUCCCUGCACCCAUUCUGCAGCCACUCACCUGCCCCAGCACCAGAACAUGGCCACCUCUGGGGUGGGCACAGGGGCUGUUUAUACAGGGCUUCCUCCCCAGCACCCCUUGGAGGGGAAAGGGCCAGUGCCCCAUUCCCUGGCCCUGCUAUCCCAGUGGUGGGGAUGGGGUAAGGAUACAGAAGCAGAAUGAGCCCCAUACUGUCUUUCCCAAAGGGCACUGUCCCUGAUCUGGCCCCAAACCAGGGGGACUGGCUGGCUCAUGAGGAGGGGACUCAGGGUUAUCAGCUCAUAUUUACAGCAAAAGCCUUUUGUGGGUUUUGCAGCAACCCUCGGCCCCUUCUCCAGAGCUGAGACAACCCCAGCCUAGGGGCCAGGAUUCAGUGGGGUCACCCGAUGGCCCUAUUACGGCAGGGCACCACAUGGGGCAGCAGCCCAGCAGGACUCUCCAUACUCCCAGCAGAGGUGAGGCCAAGUGCCCUGCUGCUGGGACAGAUGCCCACUACCCACCGGCUGGGCCCCACCAGGCCAGGAGGCAGGAUGGUCUCCAGGAAGGGUGGGAGGGUGCACUGGGCUGGGACUCAGGACACCGGGGUGCAAUCCCCACCACGAUUCCCUGCAUGACCAUGGAUGAGUCGUGGCUGCUCUGUGGGCCUCAGCUAAAAGCCACCCUACCUCUACCCAGGAGCUCUUUGGGACAGGUCUCUUGGUAUGGGUCUGUGCAGGCCCCAGCAUGACGAGGGCUGAUCUCAGUGGAGCGGGGGAGAGAGUGUGAGUGUCCAUGUCCGUCCCAGUAGAACGGUUCUGGGCUCUACCUUUGUAUAAGCAGCAGCUAUAGAUGGGGGCUCAGUGUGAGCCCGGGGCAGGCGGGGCCAUUCCAGCCCAGUCCCUCUCUAGCCAUUGUCUGAACAGCCCAGAGCGGGUUGCAGCAGCAGACAUGACAACACACAGGCGCAUCGCUGGGCAGCGCUCACUCUAAGCGGUGGGAUCAGGAGUGCGGCAGGAGCUUGUGCAGUCACAUGUCAAGGCCAGAAGGGCCCAUUCAAAUCCUCUAGUCUGACCCCCAGCUGGAUAAUCCCCCCAGGGAUCCUGCAGCCUGCACAGAACUGCUCGUUGAGCUGGAGUGGAGCUUUUAGAGAAAGUCUCCAGGGCUGCAUUGAGACUCCAAGCAACAGACUCCCUUCCCACUCUGACCCCAUUCCUGGGGCACUUGUCAGAAGGGCAGAUCUGCCUCCCUCUUAAACAAUGGCCCAUGAAUGCAUCCAGGCAUUGCCCCAGGCCCUUGACUCUCGCUUAGCUCCCAGCUCCAGAACCGCCCCCACCCUGUGCAGAAGGGCUGAGAGGCUGGGGAUCAAGCCCCUUGGAACUUCGUCUGGGAAAAGCUAACUCCAUGUAGUUCCCGCAGCCUCUCCCCGCAAGACAUUCUCCAGCCGUUGGGUCACUGUGGGGCUCUUUUCUGCACCCUCUCUGAUUUUUCAACACAUGGCAAUGCAUGUGGACGCACCACACGGACUAGUACGGGGCUCACCAGUACAGAGGCAAAAUUUCCUCCCUGCUCAUACUCACUAAUCCUGUUUACACAGUCAAAGGGAUCACUAGCCAGUUUCUAGCCCCUUUCAUAGGGGUGCAUUGAUUUUGUCCAGCCCUAGGUGUUUCAUCAGAAUGCCGUGAGGUACCAAGUCAGAUGCCUUGCAGAGUCCCAAUCAAUUGUAUCAAUGCAGUUACCGUCAGCAACUAAGCUGUGAUCUCAUGCAAACACGAUGCCAGACCCAUCUGACAGACGGACUCCCCAGAAAGUCAUCACUGGCAUCGGUUACAACACUCGUUCCUUGCAGCACAGGUCUGAGGCGCUGCCCCAUUUGGGGAGAGCAACGAAGGCCUCCGAGAUGCCCGUCUCUCCCACAGCUAAAGCCACCAGUGCCAGCUGCCCCCGGGAGCUACUCCCAGCCUGAACCGAUCCUUUCCACAGGCAUUCGAACG